UGUUGGUAAUGAUUCUCAAUAUAUAAAUCCUUAGUUUCUCCAAAAACAGCAAUAAUGCAAGGUAGGUCAAGUUAAAUGUCUUAUAUCGCAUUUUAGUUUUUUUUAUCCUAAACGUAAAUUUAACCGGUUAGAAUUAGUGUCAAGAUCAGGAUUAGGAUUAUCAGGAUUAUAUUAGGGAAAUAUUAGGGAAAUUGAGCAGUUUUAUUUGUUCAGCUUAGCAUGCAGUUCAUGUAGAUUUAUCGGAAGAAUGACUUGUUGUCAAUAACCAGCCUUGCAUAUUUCUGACACACUUGCGUUUCCUAGCAAAAUAACCUUCGUUUAUACAAAAUAUGGCUGCGUGGACUCAAUAAUUAUAUGUUCGGCAACAACAUCCGAGUUGUAUAACAUCCUGUUGUAUAUAUUAUUGUCUUUUUUAUCGUUGAUGAUAACUUUGAAAAGGAGCUUUUAUUCAUGACACUAUUUUCUUAAUUCUGAUGUUGGAUUCGUAAGGAAAAACAUUUGUGUUUGUCGUCGUCUCUAUAAACGGUGACGAAUUCGAUUUACAUGAAAAUUUAUCGGAUUUUAUGGAGUCGUAAACAUUUAAAACAAGACGAGAGACUGAAUCACGUAGAGCAGAGUAACAAAUGUAGAUUAUCCUGAUCCAGUUUAGAUUGUCAAUCGAGAAGUUUAAAUCAGAACUGUUCAAGGGUUAACCGUUUUAUUUUACCCAAGAUGACAAAUCAUUGUUUUACCGCAGAUCUUGCGUUUUAUUCUCCCAAAGGUGAGUAGUAUGGCAUGGAAAUAUCAGGUAGUUUGUGUAUUGUAGAUAGUGUACCCAGUUUAUAUCUUUUAUAGUUCAGUGAAUUGAAUUUUACUUAAUAUGAAUGUAUGUUUGGUAAAGUAUAACAUGUUAACGUAUUAAUACACUUUUCUAGACUCAGAGCGACCAGAAUCAUUUCUCCGUCGGAUUCUCUGGAAGAACUCGGGUGUCCUGUGUUUGGCAACUCUCAUCACCCUACCCAUAAUCCUUGGCGUGGCUAUAGGUUAUUUCAUUGUUCUUGCAUUCGUGACGUCAUACCGAAAAAUAACGGGUAAAAAAUCUCGCGAAGAAAAAGAGAAUGAAGCCGCCAAAAGAUUCCGGAUUGUUUUAGGCCAUGAUUUACUUGAUACUGCGUUUACGAAGCCUGAAGAGUUGCCUGGACAGAAACCGAAGUUUAUACGACCUUUACCGAGGUAUGGUUCGGUAAACGACAGCGCACUGUCAAGCGAUGGAAAUGAGUCAGAGAGUGAAACGCAAUCUGAGGAUGAAUCGGUCGAGGAUGAAAGAAAUUUAACGGAAAAUAGAAGUGAGAAGGAAGAUUUAUAUAAGAAAGUGGAAGUAUAUCUGGAAGUACCUCACCAACCUCGUUCCCAAGCCCUUUCUGAGCAGAAAAAUCGGGUUGACGUACACUCUGAUGUCACCAAUGACGUCACAGAUUCUGACGUCAUUAAUCAAGAUGGUUCGCGGACGACUAGUGCUUCAUCGGGACAUUAUUCUACAGCAAGUGAGAUGGUUGAAUCCGAUGGUCGCGAUUCUAGGGGAAAUGAUACUCCGGCACUGACUACCCGGACUUAUGAUACCCUGGGAGAAAAUACCCAAGAAUAUGAUACCCAGCCACCUAAAACCCUGGAACAAAACACCCCCUGUGGACAUGAAACUUUUGAUAAAUCAAUCCCCGAUGUUGCUAAACUUACAAUAAAUGAAAGCGGUUUUUUCGAGGAAAGUACACCCGAUGUACAUUCUAUGAAACCAGUCAACAGUCUUCAGUUUACCAAAACAGCGCCUGUGAUACACUCUAAAAUUCUGAACAGCGGCCUUCAGACUGACCAGACAGCACCCGCGAAGCAUUCUAGACUCCUGGACAGCGGUAGUGAGACUGUCAAAACAGCGCCUGCUAUACAUUCUGCAUACCAAGACAGCGAUCCUGCAAGUAUUACCGCUAUUAAACAUGAUUGCAGUCCUAGAACGGCAACUUUCAGUCACCAUAUUGAAAUUUCACCUUCUCUGGGAAAACUAAAAUAUUCCGUACAUUAUAUGCGAGAAAAAAAUGAACUCCAAGUGACCAUUAUAAAAGCCAUUAAUUUAUUUCAUGAAAAAAAUGAAACACUUCCAAGCUGUUUUGUAAAAGUGAGCUUACUGCCCCAGCGUUUUUGUUGGCAAAAGACGAAAAUUAUCGAGGAAACAAGACAUCCAGUAUUUAAUGAAACUUUUGUGAUUUCUGGCUUUUCUCAUGAACGUUUUUCGAAUUACACACUCUUGAUUUCUGUUGUGAAUGCGGUAGCACCCUGGCAGGGGUUUUAUGGAGAUCACGUGAUUGGUGAACUUUAUGUACCGUUAUGUCACGUGGCAAAGUAUUCGUGCAAUCAGGAGAGGGUGUUCAGUCAAUGGACGGAGUUGAAGCCGCAAAUUAGUGAGGUUGGUGCCAGUAGUUUAACUUGCCAAUUUUCAUCAAAUAGUUUAAGAAUAAAUAUCUGAGUAAUUCGACUUUAAUUUGGACAGCCCAAUUUACUGCGCACGACUGAACAGACCUGGAAAAAGCAUCACAAGUUUUUAUGACAUAGCAUUGUAAAUUUUAUACAGGUACCAAACGUUGCUAAAUGUGGCAAGAUCAACCUGGCAUUGUGUUAUCGACCAAUCAGCGGCCGUCUUAUUGUAACAAUUAAGAAAGCUAAGGAACUGGAAUGUGACAGCAAAGAAAAGUUUGGUAAGUAGUAAGUCAGGGUGGUAGGAACGAUUUGCAAUAAGUUGUUUAAACUAAGCCCCAGUUAUCAGAGUGAGAAAAUAAUGUUGAUUUUUUUCAUUGUAUAUAGUAGUAGUCUGGUAUUUGGAGGCAAAUAAAUAGAAUGAGAUGUAGUUUUUAAUUUUCUUGCUUCUAUUUUAAUAAGUGUGUCAAUAUUCUUGACCACCAUCUGCUGCCCUGUAACCGGGGUACUGAAACCCACUUGACUUGCCUUUUUAUCUUCCACAGACCCGUACGUGAAACUGGCUUUAUACUGUGGUGGUUCAAGGGUAGGUCGUGGCACUACACGAGUGAAACGUAAGCUCACCAGUCCUGUAUUCAACGAGAAAUUUAACUUUGACUUGAAUGCUGAUCAGAUAGCUUAUACAACGAUUGUGGUAAAAGUGAUGAACAGUAUUGAUAGUACGAAGUCAAAUUGUACUGGAGCCACUGUUAUUGGUUAUGAAUCAACUGGGAAUGGUCAAGAACAUUGGCUAUGUAUGAUGCAAUGUCUCAGCAAACAUGUCGACGCUUGGCACAGCUUAUAUAGUUGAAGUCAUUACAGAAAAAUAAACCCUAACCCUGAUCCUAACCCUGCAUGACUCUGUCCUGAAGAACACAACAUGCUCGUAAAUCUUUAUGUACUCAACAUGGCGGUACUAAAAACCUACUUUAAAUUUUCAAGAAGAGAAGAGCUGACAAAAGUUCAAUUCUCCAGGAAAGAUGAACAAAAACUGCGGUUAUUUAAAGUAAAACAAGACACCGAUAACAAUUUGAAAUAAAAAGGAAAUUAAAAUUGAUUUAAUCUGCAAUGAAUAACACUUUAUUUCCUAAUCUAUAUGUAUUGAAACUGUG